AUGCAAAUGCUAAGAACCCUAAGCACGAGGACAAGGAGCCGUCGCGGUGGAUACGAGCUUGUAGGUGAUGAAUCGACCUUUGGUAUUCUUGGAGCAAAGCUAAGGAGGUCAACGAGCGUCCCGUACUAUGCUCCAUCGAUACGGCUUGGUGGAGGUUUUCCGGCGGUCUUGGAAGAGCUUCCACGCCAAAAGUCAAAGAAGACGGUGGUGACAAGCAAAUUUAGUCAUCCAAUCUUUAGUUUAUUCCGCCGUAGCAAGAAGAAAGCGACGGCUAAGCCGGAGUUCUCUAGAUAUUAUGAAUACCUAAGAGAAGGUGGAGUGUGGGACUUGAGAUCUAAUGCUCCUGUUAUCUACUUUAAGUAG